AUGGCACGUUCCCGUAGUGUGCUUCUGGUGGCGCUGGUCCUAGCGGUGGCACCGUGUUGCUUCGUUGGACUCCGGGCUCAGUGUUCGCGUGCUCCUUCGCUCCGCACGCGCAGCGUUCGUGUGCUCCAACGAGCGGAGCGGGUGGAGCGGGAGGAUGGCACCGCGCUGGGUGCCGCGGGCAUCGGCGCAUCGCUGGUGAUGGCUUGGAGCGAAUGGACCUUGAAGACCACAGGUUGUGGCCUGCCUGCAGGGCCCUUUGGGUUGCUCGGUGCCACUGAGGGUCUAAGCUACCUGGCGGUGGUGGGGCUUGUGGUGUAUCAGCUGUUCCGCCUUGCCACCAAUGACACGAAGAAACAGAGCAGCCUUGUGGAGGUGGCAUCUUUCCUGGCCUUGCUGGUGGCCUUGGCUGGCUUGGUGGUUUUGUAUUUUCAGAUUCAGGAUUAUGGCUUUGUCCCGGAGGCAGUACCCACUGAGGGUGGUCGGUGUAGCAACAUUGGAUAA